UUCGCAUGGGAGACAUCAACGACCCGACCGGUGAGGGCAAGUGCAAGCCGUUCGACUGGCCUGUGCAAUACUGCCUAGGACAACCAAGUUUCCGAGCAGGCUGGCAAGAGCUACAUCAAAAGUGGUGGCUGCGAGUGCUGGAGAAAGCCGGCUUCUUGAACGCAAAGACUGGAGGUCAAGACCCGCGGAUGAAUCCUCUAGGCAACUAUGCUAAGGUCAGGAAUCCUUCAAACGACCUGCACGAACGGGUACAUCCAGUCUUCAGACGAGACAUGUGGGAUACCACGGACGAGAUUCAUCAAGCAAUCAAGCCUGCACUUCUUCUGGCAAGUGCCUCCCUUGACGAUGUCACCACAUUGAGUCUCUUCUACGCCCUUUCCACGCCUUCUUGUGUGACAUCAUUUAACGACCCAGAGCUAGGCCAGUGCAAAAGAGUCAACAUGCCCGAUACUCUGACUGCAGUCCAGCAACAUGAGACCUUCACUAAGCUGUGUCAGAUGCGAAAGUGGACACACUUUUACUGGGAGGACCCUCAGAUGUUGAUUAAUGUAGGCGCAUUGGCGUACUGCUACCCCAUCGAGGAUCUGAGUGAGCCUGUUGGACAGCAAGAGAAACUUGCUUCUGGACCGUGAG